AUGGCUUCCAUGAAAGUGACCGCUACAGACCAGGUUUUCGACAUAUAUCAGUUCCAUGUGUGGCCAUAUCCCCCGCUGCUGAACAUACUAGAGUCCGAGGUCUCUUUUGCGAAUGAAACUCUUUGGAUCGGGUUCACCAAGUAUGCGCAGUAUUCAGAGCCUUUCUGUCCCAUUGUGGGAAGCCAGAUGUCAUUCACAUCAUGGCAUCAAGCGCCCACUGGAUGGCAGAACCCAUAUAUCUUCCCAGACAAAACUACUCCUGUCUAUUUCACCACUGCACACGGCCAUGAUGUGCCAGAGGGUGCUAGCGCGAUUGGUUUUGGUUUCGAUAAGGACGGCAGGUGGACUUUUGAAGGGCAGAACAAGUUUGUAGCUUGUCAGACAAAAGAGAUGGUGAAGCAAGGUCCAUAUAUCGGUUACCAGAUAUGGUGGAAAGGAGCAGGAUCGGUUCGUGGUGUCAAUUGUAGCGAGCCACUAUCUCUGGUGAAAGAUGAGAAGGCCGGGAGCUGCGGUAGCGGCUCUUAG